UUUAACACCCCAGUCACCAGACGGGCUACGGCCCAGAACAUGGAGCCGCUCCUCAACGCCACCGACUGUAACAGCACCGGCGCUCCCGGCAACUGCAGCGACGGCUUCAACCAGUUCAUCCAGCCGCCGUGGCAGGUCUCUCUGUGGGCUGUUGCCUACUGCAGCAUCGUCGUCGUGUCCGUGGUCGGCAAUAUCGUGGUGAUUUGGAUUAUUCUGGCGCACAGACUCAUGAGGACCGUCACCAACUACUUUCUGGUGAACUUGGCCUUCGCCGAGGCCACCAUGUCAGCAUUCAACACGGUGAUCAACUUUGCCUACGCCGUUCACAACGACUGGUACUUCGGCCCGGUUUACUGCCGCUUCCACAACUUCUUCCCCAUAGCGGCCAUCUUUGCCAGCAUUUACUCCAUGACGGCCAUCGCUCUGGACAGGUACACGGCCAUCAUCCACCCGCUGCAGCAGAGGUUGUCCUCCACGGAGACCCGGGUGGUGAUUGGGGUGAUCUGGACCCUGGCUCUGCUCCUAGCCUUCCCUCAAUACCACUACUCCACGACAGAGCCGCUGCCAGGACGGACGGUCUGCUUCAUAGACUGGCCUGAAUACGCCACCGUGGACUUCAGGAAAGUCUACUACAUGUGUGUGAUGCUGCUGAUCUACUUACUACCCCUGUGCAUCAUGGGAUGGGCGUACAUGACGGUGGGGGUCACCCUCUGGGCGAGUGAGAUUCCUGGAGAUUCGUCUGAUCACUACACAGAGCAGCUCAUCGCUAAACGCAAAGUGGUGAAGAUGAUGAUCGUGGUGGUUUGUACAUUCGCCAUCUGCUGGCUGCCCUACCACAUCUACUUCCUGCUGCACCAGUUCUUCCCCGAGCUGUUUGAGCAGCGCUUCAUCCAGCAGGUUUACCUGGCCGUCAUGUGGCUGGCCAUGAGCUCCACCAUGUACAACCCCAUCAUCUACUGCUGUCUCAACGGCAGGUUCAGGGCAGGUUUCCGGCAGGUCUUCUUUUGCUGUUCUCCACCUGCCGCCAAGGAUGAGCUGGAGCUCAAGUCUCCCCGUUUCCUUCAAGCCCAGAUGAGCAUAAGUCGAGUCAGUCGGAUGGAGACGGUUGUGUCCAUCACCGUAGAUCCUGCAGCCUCACAUCAGAAGCUUUCAGACCAGCCGUCCUGCACUCCUCCUCAGGUGGACGUCACAUCUAACAGUUCAGUCUCAGAAGCCACCCCCCCGAGCCCUCAGGUCUGCUCUCAGUAGGAGAAGACAACCCUGACGGAAACAUGGACAAACCUCGAACUGUCUCGACGCUCAGGACUGUCGAGCUGGUUGUGGUGUGGCCGGACUCUCGUGUCCCCUCAGCAACAGUGUCCCGUCCACUUCGAGACGCUGUGUUUGUGUUGCAUAGAAACAAGGGGACGGUGUGUGAAGGGUGUGCUUGAGCAGAGCCAGCACCUGUUGGACUGUAUUACUGGUACCCCCCCUUGUUUUGACAGUGUGGUGAGUAGGGUUCAGUUUGCAGCAGCCGGAUCAAAGGCCAGCUAAAUAUAGAGGACAGGACACGAGAAAAGAGACGGGAAUAGCAGCGCCAAGACUGGGGAGGGACAGGCAAGGACGGGAAGGAUUCACUGCCAAGGACCCGGGGGGACCGAUGUUCCAGACCUUCGAACUGGACUCCUCCUGUCCACAUUCAUCCCGUGGAAGGUGUUGCCUGAAAUAUUUGUCCGGGGGGGAGGGUCCGUAGAGCAACUGAUGAUAGAAGGAUAUCCCGUCAUUCAUGCACAGAGAAUUCAGCUGGUUCUGGAAAACCUUCCCUUUAUCAUUACAGAUUCCUUAGAACGGGCAGGAACCUGGCUUUUGUAGGGUAUAUUACAAGAUAAUAGGUAGAUAAUUCAUAAAACCUAUGAAUAUAUCUAAACAUAAACAUAAUUUCUGCAAACUAAUGAGACCAUAAAAUCAAGGAUCUUCCCAUUUACUUAUAAACAUACAAAUAACUUUAGAUUUAAACAUGCACAAAUUAAUUGGCAUUUUUCUGUCAAAGAAAAAACGUAUAAUGGUCAUUGAAAUAACAUGAAACUUGUCAUCAAUAAUUAUGCAUUUCCACUGAGAAAUAAAAAAACUGAAUCAUGAAAAACAAACUAAUGAAACUAUCUUGGACACAUGAGUUGGUUACUCUGGAGAAGAUGUCAGAUCAUGUUUCCAUGGUGACGGGUUGAGCUAGUGUCCUGUGAACAUCUCAGGUAAAGGCCGUGGGAAGAUGAUUUGGGUUGGGGGGUGGAAGAGAGGUUUCCAAGGAAAUAAAAGACAGCGACAUAUGGCCACAAUAUUUAGGGGGUAGGGGGUGGACCUAAAAACACUGCUCAGCUCGGCUCGGCUACUUAUAACAAACCGAGCACUUAUUGUGGAGCUGCAGUUACGUUAACCCUCCUCCAGUCAUGGAGGUGUCAUGGAUAUAAAACCUUUCAUGAGCGCAUUCAUGUCUGUAGCUACACAAUGUCUUUGUGGACAUUCAUCAGUGACAGAUGUGUCUCUUCUGUGUCAUAGUGUUCGGUAACCGCAUGUUUAAUCUCCUCAGAAUGGACAACGAGCGCUCCGAUGAGACCACUGAUGUUGGCAUACCACGACGAUUCAAGCUGCCAGGCGUAGCUUAAACAUGUGUGGCUACUUCGUACGAUGUCUGAUAACCACAAUGCACAGUGUUAUCAGACACGUUUUGAAAACUGUGUUAAACCAUCUACUUUGUGUAUACAAUAGGGGUGUAACAAUAUAUCGUGCCACGAAAUUUCGCGAUACAAAAACGUCACAAUACGUGUCGUGGAGGUGACAAAGUGUAUUGCGAUAUUGGGUUAUUAAUAUUAAUCUAUUGUGUUGACUAGAAACGCGCAUCCGACCGCGGCCGCGACCGCGACCGCAUCUCGACCCGCGGACCAAAAUCUUACUCCGCUCAGAAGAAACUAGUCCCAUUUUGUGGUCCCGUUUUGAGCUCUGAACUUUUACUUAUGUAAGGCUGGUGUAGAGUUAAGCCUUACCUUAUUAAAUUAAACAUUUUUCGGGUCGUGAGUAGGAUAAACACGGGGACAACUUCUGCUGAGCUCCAGUGUACUUUAAUGUCCGCUCAACAGUGUAGGAUUUUAGAACAUCAACACAGCAGCUAGUGCUGUAUCUAAAUCUAAAACAGACAGUAUUAACAACUACAGAUAAACUGACUAGUGUAAUUAUAGUCCCUGAUUUACAUCAGAAUAUAAAGAAUAUAUUUAUAAAAUAAUGAACCCUGAAUUACCAAAAUAACCUUAACAAAAAUAAAUCUCCUCUUACACUUAUAAGGUGAGCAUGAAUCAAUCUUUUUUAUGAUGUAAAAUUGUAUGUAUUUAUUUACUUUUAUUUAUUUAUUUAAUUUUAGUUGUUAAAUUAGAAAUAAAAAAGUCAAAUCAUACAUGAGAGAAACUAUUCAGUUUGUGGCAAAAUAUUUGUACUUGUAUGAAACUGAAGAUGCAUAAUGCAAACCUGACAUUUACUUUUAGUUCAGUUUGUGGAAAAUGGUUGGCCUGGCUUUCUCUUUAAAACGUAAACAGUUAUAAAGCAUUACAAACUGUAACAAUAGGGCAAACACACAGCAUUGUUUUGUAUUUUGUGUCUUUCAAAUAAAAGACAUUUUUUUUCCAGUCAUAUGUUCCUCAUUCAAGGUUGUUAAAAAAAUACUGCUAUAAUAUCGUAUUGUAUCGUUAUCGUGACUUCAAUACCGUGUAUCGUACCGUAUCGUGAGAUUAGUGUAUCGUUACACCCCUAGUAUACAACACAAUUUUACUUUUAUUAUUGCAUUUACUCUGUAGUUUUUUUGUCAACUGGUGGGUGUGCCACGACACACUAAUCCAGCAGGGGGUGCUACACCCCCACUUCCCAUGGCUAUGUCUCAGGUGUCUUCAGUCAGUCUUACUGUCUAAAGGGUCAAAUGUGUUUCUUUGCUGGUUGGUGUCAUGGUGUCCACCACACUGAAACUGGACCAGAGACAGUAAAGGAGACAGUUGUUUGAGAUCAUCAGGAAUUUCUAGAGACCAACACGUUGAAGACUAAAGGACCGUCUUCCAAGCAGAUGGAUGUUCCUGACUACAGGUGGAAGUUUUAUCCAGAAGUUCAGGCUUUGCAGGACUGUAGACAACCUUCCUGGAUGUGGACACAAGAGUACAACUGAUGACAAACUAAAGAGAUGAUAAUACGAAUGGACACUAAAGGGUCCAGAACAACUUCCAGAGAUGUUUCAUCACUGUUAGAACCAAGGAGGACCACCAAGGAGGACUCCACUGUUGAGACCAAGGUGGACCACCAAGGAGGACUCCACCAGAGAAAGACCAUCAGAAAAGCUUCUUUGGACAGUUGAGAAAAAACUGGAGCUUUUUGACAAGUCCCAUCAGCUCUACUGUAUGUCCACAGUUGUAAAAACAAGUCCUUCAAAGAAAAGAAGACCUCCAACAGGAUGAUGACCCAAAACACGCAACUAAAAAAUUAUAUUAUUGACCCUUUCUCAGCCUUCUGAUUGGUCCAUGACUGACCAAUCAGAAAAAUCAUUAUCCGUUGCUACAUUCGGGCAGAAUAUCCAGCUGGACAAAACAGCCAUCUCUCUCGUUCACAUCAAUGGAAAAAGCAUAGUUUUUACUUGCCUUGUAUAGAAAUUUAAAUCACUGGAUUAUUUUUUUUUUAAACUUUGUAUUUGUAAAAGGAACACUUCGGAGCACACUGCACAUAGUGUAGUGAGGGUGCAGCGUAUUUUUAACUGGCAGAAAUCCGAUCCGUACUUCCAAAACAAAAUCGGUUCUGCAGUAGGCUACAACCACAAAAGCGUUUAUUUAUUUAUUUAUUUAAAAAUGGUUAAGUGGUGUGCUUGGGGCACUUGUAAAAGUGACACCCGCUUUCUAGAGAAAAUCACUAGAAUACAUUUCAUCCCAAAACCAACUGUAAAUUAUGAAAAAUGUCUGCUUUGUAUAAAGCUAUGUGGACGGCCAGACUCACAGUUCAACCCUUCCACCGUGCUAUUAGCUAAACUAAUCAAAAGAUCUAGUUUUCAAAUGCUGGGGUCCGGAUCUGGACCUGUAACGAACCUCUCUCUCGUCCACACCUUUCACUCGCCCCUAUAAAUGAUAAAUUACUUGUUAAAUUAUACAAUUACACAGCUAUUGGACGUACAGGUGUCAGUACAGCUGAAUUUACUUCACAAAUCUCAGUUUCUCAGUCUUCAUGUAAAAAGUUCAAAUACGACUCAGGCUGCUGUUAUAAACCUUUUUCACUAUAAAACUGAAAAUACAAUAAAUAUUUCAGACAACUGUGAUGUGCAGAUGUUUAAGAUUCAUGGUCCAGGUAUACAGGAGACAUCUUUGAACCGUACAUCAAGUUAACUGUACAUCGUGCUGAUUGUAUCAUCUACACCUAAACAUCAAACGUAAAGUUGUGUAGUAAACCUGUUUCAUCUGUUGUGGGUUGUCUGUUGUGAGGUUAUAUGCCACCAUGUUUUUAUUGGCUUUAAAGUAGCUGCAGCAGGAGUGAAGCAGUGAAAGUGGUUUUAAGGUGUCAGUUCAGCCAAACUACAGUGAACUACUGUCUGUUCUGACAGUACUUUUUUUUAAGUUCUGCUGCUGGUCCGGAAAUUACACAUCCAGAAGCGGUACCAUGUAAGACCUACUCCCUGAUAGGAAGUUCUUUUAUUUUAUUUUGGUGAUCCGAACACUUUUAUGAGGUUCUGAAAACAGUGAUGUUGUUGUGGUGUUGCACCCUGACCCACUGCAGUAUUGCAGUAUUGUGACUUUCCCGUGUAUUAAUUUGGGAUGUUGUCAGUGUAUGAGGCAGACUUGCUUUUAAAUGUUGAAGUUGCCAUAUUCUGCUUUUCUAUGUUUUUCUAACUUAUCUACUGUAAUAUUAUGAUCAUUGACAUGAAGUAAGGCUGAAAUGUACAAUCCAAUU